CAACAAGGUAGUACGAACACUAAAACAGAAAGGUUCGAAAAGAUUACCCGUCUUUGGGAAUCUACGAGAAUUCGGAAACACAGACGAGACGAUCGAGGGCCUCAAAGCUCGAGACCUUUGGAAGCGACGCAGCUCACGAACGGUUGCUGCUCUGGAAUCGACGACGACGGUCAACCGCUGCAGAGGGCGUCGGCGACGGCAGGAUGCUGCUCGGUGCUCGCUGGAAAAGGGUCGCAACGGGACGGCAGUUGUGGCUCACGAACAGGACGCCGGGAAGAGAUGACAACCUCAGAAGUCGUUACUCAAUUUCGUGGAUACAAUCCUGAGAAAUUCUCAGGACAAGGAGAUCCUCGUCUAGUGGAGGAGUGGAUUCAGGGUCUCGAAACUAUUUUUGAGAUCACUGAAUGCACAGAAAGGCAGCGUAUUAUUUGUGCUCAACUGCAAAUGACUGGAGAUACUCGGCUAUGGUGGAACUCCUACUGGGGCAUGCAUCCUGGGGAGAAAGAAAAUCUCACUUGGAUGCAAUUCAAGGAGAUGAUUGAAGAGAAAUACUAUCCAGCUCAUUAUCGGGCUGAGAUGGAACGUCAAUUCUUGGCAUUAUCCCAAGGAAAUCGUACAGUUGAUGAGUAUGAAAGAGAGUUUACUAGAUUGGGAUCUUUUGCCAAAUAUCUAGUGGACACAGAGGCUAAAAAGGCAAGACGAUUCCAAGAUGGGUUACAACGAGAAAUCC